UCUCUGAAAUCAGGGCACGGCCACGCUGGUGCUGGAAAUUCACUGUGAGGCGGUCCCGACAUGUUUUCAGUACUUAACCCUGCAGAUGACUGACACUGUUCACUCAGAGGACGGUGAGGCCCCUGGCGCUGCUGCCCAGAGAAGUGGUUUACCGCGUAAAACGCUCUGCUCCCUGGCAACAGAGACAGGACAGAGGGAACGGCCCCAGGCUGCGCCGGGGGAGGCUGGGGUCGGGUGUUAGGAAAAAGAAAGAGCGGGGAUGCAUUGCAACGGGCUGCCCAGGCAGGUGGAGGGAUCACCGUCCUCGGAGGUGCUCAGGCAAACCGUGGAUGCAGAGCAAAGGGACAGAGCGGCGACGGAGCACCGCAGCUCCAGCACCGCCCUCCGGGCGGCCCCGCCCCGGCACGUACCGGAGGGGGCGGGCGCCGCGGCCGCUCGGUGUCGGAGCUCCCGGUGUGGUGCUAGCCCGCGAUGCUCCUCCGCUGCCCGCGGGCUGCCCGCCAUGCCGGGGACCCGCGGGCUGCCCCCCUCCCUGCUCCUGGCACUGGUGCUGCUGCUGCUGCGAAGCCGGCCUACAGCUGCCGCCGCCACCCGCCCGCAGCCGGAGCGGGCGGCGCUGCCGGGGGAACCCCCUGCCGCGGCGGCCUCAGGAUCGGUGUUUAUGCUAAAGGUUCAAGUAAAUGACAUCAUCAGUCAUCAGUACCUGGGACAAGCAGUUGUGGAAGUGUUUGUUAACUACACGAAGACAAAUUCUACUCUCACUGGAGACAACGGAGCAGUAUUAAUAAAAGUUCCCUAUAAAUUAGGAUUAAGCUUGACUAUUGUAUCUUACAAAGAUGGCUACAUGUUAACACCUUUGCCUUGGAAGACUGGGAGAAUGCCAAUAUACUCGUCCGUGACACUCUCAUUAUUCCCACAAAGUCAAGCGAAUAUAUGGUUGUUUGAAGAUACUGUUCUAAUCACUGGAAAACUGUCUGAUGCCAAAUCUCAACCAAGCAUUCAGUUUCAAAAAUCUUUAAUAAAACUUCCAACAGAUCACCGUAUUACAAAUGUUACAGCUUAUCUGACAGUGCCAGAGCAAUUCUUGAAAGUGGACAGUUUUCUUUAUACAACAGGAAUUCUUCUAAAUAAAUCAGGUUUCAAAAGCAUUGAAUUGACUCCUCUUGCUGCAAUAUGUGCAAAUGUUCUUUCGGCUGGGAAAGAACUGAAAGUAAAUGGUCCUAUUCAGAUUACACUUCCUCUUCCUAUAAGUACUGUAAAAUCAGGAGAUGCUAUACCUGCAUGGACAUUUGAUAUGAAAACUGGUGCUUGGGUAAGCCGUGGCCUAGGAAUGGUAAAAGAAGCGAAUGAUCAGUUAGUAUGGACAUACACUGCUCAGCACUUAGGCUACUGGAUAGCAGCUCCACUGCCUGGAACAAGAGAAUCGAUAAUUAGUGCAGUUUCCAAGGACAUAACAGCCUAUCACACAGUGUUCCUUACCGCCAUACUGGGAGGUACUGUUAUCAUUAUAAUUGGAUUUUUUGCUGUUCUUCUUUGUUACUGCAGGGACAAAUGUGGUCGAACACAAAAGAAGGAAAAAAAUACAACUAAGCUGGAUGUCAUAAAAAAAGACCAGACGACAUCAACAACUCACAUAAAUCACAUCAAUGCUGUCAAGGGGUCUUUAAAGUUAGAGGAUAAGUCACAACAGUUAUAUACACCGAAGAUGUCUUCAUACAGCCCUCAAAGAAGGAUGUCCACAGACACAGAAGAUGGAAAAUCACGAGACAAUUUUAAAAUCUACUCAGAAGAUGCAUCUUAUCAGUCAUCCUAUCAGACUGGUCAGUCAAUAAAUUCACCUCAUUCAUUGGAGCCUAGUACUGGACUCAGACACUUACAGCCACCAAAGCAUACUAGCAGUGCUACUUCCCAGGCUCCUAGGGACAUUCAAGAGCAAAACAGAUACCUUACGCUGCAAGAGGAGAUAUAUGGGCUUUCCCAUAUCCCAGAACAUCUAAUGCAUAUUUACAAUCAACCUAUUGCUAUUCUUCAAACCUCUGAUCUUUUCCAUUCCCCAGAACAAUUGCACGCUGCUAAAUCAGCAACUCUGCCAAGGAAAGGACAGUUAGUGUAUAGCCCCAUGAUGGAACCUGUGAAUCGAGACGGUUACAUGCAAACAUUACCUAAAAUGCCGGUGCACUCUCAUCCACAGCCUUCUGUCUGCAGAGAUGAACAAAGCACAUUGGAUGGUGAACAAGGCUUGCCUUCUCAAACAUCAAACUGGGGUCGGUACACUAACAGCUUACUGGAAUCUGUCUCUGUCCCUGGAACGUUGAAUGAAGCAGUUGUAAUGACUCCAUUUUCAUCUGAGCUUCAAGGCAUUUCAGAACAAACAUUAUUGGAACUCUCUAAGGGAAAGCCAUCUCCGCACCCCCGAGCAUGGUUUGUGUCUCUGGACGGAAAGCCGAUAGCUCAAGUGAGGCAUUCUUUUAUAGAUCUAAAAAAGGGCAGAAAAACAGAGAGUAAUGAUACCAGUCUGGACUCUGGUGUGGACAUGAAUGAGCAUCAUCCUGGUAGGAAACUGGAGCGAGAGAAAACCUUCAUUAAAAAUAUGCCACAUUCAAAGAUCCUUUACUUGGAAGAUCUGGAUCUGAGUAGCAGUGAAAGUGGGACCACUGUGUGCACUCCAGAGGACCAGGCUGUGAGGCACAUUCUGGAUGGAGGGAAUGCGCCGGCCAUAGAACAGCAUGAUGAAGAGGGUCUAAGAAGAAAAACUGUGUCAGGAAGUCAGGAAUCCGGUAUCCCUUCCCCUAAAAAAAGGGAUAGACCAUCUCUCACAAAAAGAGAUAGCAAAACUAAUAUCUGGAAGAAAAGAGAGGAGAGGCCACUUAUUCCUAUAAAUUAAAACACCAUGUGCUUUGUGUUGUUGCUCUCCCUGCUGGUUGUUUACCUCUUGGCUGCUUGUGUAAUUCUGCAGUGUAGGGUUUACAAGGGAAAUACUGUUUUCUAGUAUUAAGAAAAUUUAACGUUUUUUAAUGUACAGAUUGAGUUACUAUAACUUCAACUGGGCAAUUGAUAUUCAAUGUGAAUUGAUAACAGGGAAACACAAAUGAAAAUUUUCCAGUUCCUAAUUUUGCUGGCAGUGUAGAGAGGGUCCACACUUUAAUUAACCUGUCAUUUUUUUUUGACACAAGUCUUGGAAUGCACAGUGAGAAAUGUAGGCACAUCUUUCUUUGAAAUUUUUUUAAUUUUUGCUAAAGCAUUGCUAUAGUGGCUCAAGCCAUUUCUCAGUCUUAUUCCUAAUAAAUGUGAUUAUCUGUACAGUAUUUUAUAUGUGAACUUUUCUAGGGAUUUGUCACUACCACUUUGUAUAAUGCUUCGUCAUUUAUUUCCGUGGCACCAGCAGAAGAGCUCUACUGGAUUUAUCAGAAGAUUUCUAUAGCAUUACUGUCCUCUCUGUGUCCAUUGAUGUGCAAAAGGUAACAAUUUGUAUAGCAGUGGCAGCAGGGGGACCUGUACAUGAUGCGUGGCCACCGGAGUUCCCGAUCUCUGCUGUCAUAAGAUGUUGCCUGUCUUUUUUAGUCCGCUUUGUUAUGAACUGUGGAUGCUGACAACUGGCAUCAGCUAGGUAGCAUCCACCUCCUGCAGAAAAGGACUUCUUCUGGUAACAUUUAAAGCUGCUGUUACUACUAAUUGCAGUGGCUUCUUUUGGCUUUGUUACUAGUUAAAAUCAUCUGCAUACUCUUAAACCAGUUGUGCUCCAAAACAUUGUCUUGAAUUCCUGCGGAUUUAUAAGUUAGACUUUGGCCUGUGAUAAAAAAAAGUGUGCAAGUUCAGACAAGUUAUGUUGUAAUAUGUAAUAGUGCCCUUUGGGAAAGCUGUUGCUUUUUAUUUUAUGAUUUGGAGAUGUAUGUGCCUACAUUUUACUAACCCAGGCUACUUUUGUCCUAGAUUGUGCAUCACAGUGGGGUUAAGCAGGCUUUAAAAAUUGGGGUUUUUUUAUAAGCAUGAGAGCAGAUUGCGAAAUUUGAUCUGUAAUGCAAUAUUAAUACUACUUAUGACUCAACUUAGAGUUAAACUUACCAAAAGUCAUGAAUGCAUGAAUUGUAACUGAGAUAUGUAUAGAGGAAGGGAAAGGCCAUCAAAAUGUUCUUUAUUUUUAAUGUUCAUCUUGUCAAAGUGAUAGUUUGAAGUUUGGCUAACAGAAAAAUAUACAUACCCCUUGAAUGUGCUUUGUACAGUAUAUAGAAUGUCUUUCUGUGGCUUUUAAGAUGCUUCCCUGAUUAAAUAAGUUCCAGCAUCUUGGCCUUGGCAGUUUGAUUACAAAUCAUCCUAAAAAAGUGUUUUAAAUAUUUCCCCUAGUUUGUAGUAGUAGUUUGGGUUCAACACUGAUACCCAAGCAUAAAAUGAGUGCAGGUAAAUUGUGGGGCGAGGUGCACUUAGUUGUCCGUCUUGUACUACCGAUCACCUUGCCUUUUAGCCACCGUUUUUGAAGCACACCUUGAUUUUUUUUCUGUGCCUGUGCUUCAGGAAUUUUUUCUAUAGAGGAAGCAGGGGGGAGUGAAGUAUGGUGGUAGUGUUUAUUAACAUCCAUUCCACAUGUGUGCUCAGAGUUGGGAAAUAUUGUAUGUGGCUGGGCUUCUGGGAGCAUUCACCCAGGAAACCAUUCUGUGAAGUAUGUCUGUUCUUCUGGGAUUGUCAAUUGUCUGGUGACUGUUUCUAGAAGAACAUGUAAGAUAAUUGGGAUGGUACUAGCAGCCCAUUAGUCCAAGUUUUUCUGAUGUCUCCAAUUCUGUUUGGCCAAAAAACUCUGAUUUAAUUAUGCAGUUCAUCUAUUUUAGAGGUUAAGAUGGCUUGCCAUAUUAGCAUGCCUUUAAUACUUUUUCUUGGGAACUAAUUUGACUUCUCUAUAUGAAAUACAGUACCUAUUUUCCUGUAUUCAAUUCCACUGGAUUAUGAAUAUGACUAACUUUCUAGCCUCAAGUGGUGAUAUUUUCAUUCCUUUAUUUGUCUUACUUGUCCGUUAUAUAUUUUGAAGUGUAUUUUCAUAUAGACGCACAAUUAAUUUGAAAAUUACUUUUGCUUUUGAGGUUCAGUAUUGCCCUGCUUAGAGUUGCAUUGGUUGUGAUGAAUCACUAUUCAAGAAGAAACUAUCAAAUAUUGUGUUGAAAUUAACAGUAAAUCUCUGACCAUGGAUUUGAGUUGUCUAAAUUUAAUUUCAUUCACCUACAGUAAUGUAAAUUUACAGCAGGUACUUUAUCUUGUUUAAUGCAUAUUUUAAAAUGUAAGUACCAAGGCCACCUAAUUCCUUAAACUCACUUUUAUCAUUGAAAGAUAAAGACUGUAACAAAUGGCUUUAUUCGUGUGAGUUCAAGUGAAUGAAAUUUUGCACUCCAGUGUUCCUGUUCUGCAUCGGAGUAGGUAUCUGCUCAUCAAAGAAAAAGGAUUAGAAAUUUUGAAAAGGUCAGUUUAGGACUUCCAAAGAGCAGUUUCCAAAGAUGCACUGAUUUAGUGCCGAUUCUUGUCCGCCAUGCUGGCGAAUCACAACCAAGGAGUGGAGUUAUUUUCUGAACUAUCAGUCUAAGUGAGCUUUUGCCUGGAUUUAGUCACAAUUUCACCCUGGUAGUUCAUCAGUUCCUAGGCAGCCAACCAAGUUGGAGGGCAAUAUUAUUCUUCAGUUUCUUGCUGCGGGGCUUCUUGGUAGUAGGAAGCAAAAUGAAUUUCUUUCUGAAAAUGUUCUUUGUUUUCAUAAUUGAUAGAGAUGACUUAUCUGUACGUAAAGUGCAUGUCCUUAGUAGCCUUGCAGUAGCUGGAGCUGUGAUAGGACACCUCCUAUCAACAUCUUUGUGAACUGGUGUUUCUCAUAGAGCCUCAGUCCUCUCUUGCCUAAUGAGGAUGUGAGCAUUUGUUUUUGUGGAGUAAUUAAAUUCUACUCUGGAGUGCACAAGCAGCAGUAAAGGUAAUACAGUUUCCAAGGCUGUCUUUAGCUAUUUCUUCCAUCCAUGCUUUGCUUGCUUUGUAGGUCCCAUAUGCCAACUUCACUGAGUGUGACUUGCUAGCAUUUAUCACGUGUCUUAUGCUGCUGGUAACAUGUUAGAAGGCUUUUCUGAAGUUUAGGUUUAUAUUAAAAGUAUGUACGUAAUUUUUUUUCUGUGUCAGAAUUUGGGAAUCUAGUCUGUAGAGAGGAAAUGUUUCUAUAGGUGUAUGGGGGAAGAUAGAUGUAUGAAACCAGAUGAUGCUCUUAAGUGCAUGGUGAGUGGGAAUUCUUCCCUGGCCCUAUCAUGAGCACUAAAUCUUGGAUUUUAAAAUCUGCAUGCAACUCUAAAAUACUUAAAAUAUUUGAUAUCUGUAUGCAAUAUUUACAGGAUAUAUUCUGUAAAUAUAAUCAUCAUUUUCCACUCGUGUUGGAACUUAACGCACUAGAAACCCGUAUUACCUCUUAGUGCCUGGAAUUCUUUAUUUUGCUUAUCCUUUCAAGAAAAGGAGUUUCACUACAAUGAUCUCUAAUAUUUUAAUUGCAGAUACUGUAUGCAAGGUGUAGAUGGAGAAGACAAACUGUUACCAUGAUGUUGAGAUUCUUGCAGCUGGGUAUAUUAUUUCUAAGUGCUAGCAGGUUUUGGUGAGGUGGCUGAUGGGGUUUGUUGAGGCCUUGCUUCUGCAGAUGAAUCUGUGUGGCUCAGAUCAGUGCUUCGAUGCAGUAUAAUCAUUUUCAGGAUCUAAAGCGGGCUGUAAGGAAGAAGGGGAUAGAUUCUUUAGUAGGGUCUGUUGUGACGGGACAAAGGCAGAUGGUUUCAAAAUGAAAGAGGGAAGACAGGAUAUAAGGAAGAAGUAUUUUACAAUGGGAGUGGUGAAGUGCUGGAGGUUGCCCAGAGAUGCAGUGGAUGCCCUGUUGUUGGAGACACUCAAGGCCAGGCUGGAUGGAGCUCUGAGCACUGUGAUUGAGUUGUAGGUGCCCCUGUUUGUUGCAGGGGAUUUUGACUAGAUGACCUUUAAGGGACCCUUCCAACUCAAAGAAUUUUAUGAAAAUAUAAAUGAUCAGAUUAAAUAGUACAUAACUGUAUAUACAUUAAUCUGUACAUGUUAACCAGAAUAAGAAUAAGCUAAUAAACAGUAAUUUUCUGAUUGUUACAAAAAGUCAGGUACUACAGUAAUUUAAAAAAGGAGAAAUGCUUAACAAUUACAUUAGCAAGAAAAAUCUUUUUAAAUACUGUCAGAAAUAGGAGAACUCUGCUAUCUUAUAAGCCUGAAAGCACAACUGAUUUGAUAAUUAGGGAUGCUAUUUACCAAUGCAGAGCUAGAGAUUAUGCACAUCAGAUAAUCCAGUAUAUAGGACUGCGCAUUUUUAGUUGUCUGCUCUGUUUCUGUGCAGUAAUUUGUACCAAAGAGGGUGAAAUGAUUGGACAGCACUUCAAAUUCUUCUCGUUAGUUAAAAUAUGAAACAGAUUAACAAUAUUACCGUUAUAAUGGUGUACAAAUGAAAAUGCAGUACACUACAACCGUUGUCUAGUACUGCAUGUGAAACAUGGCGUACUAGAAGUAUCUGAAGAUACUAAAUUAUCCUGCUGAAGUGCCUUUCUCUUUCAUCUGACUUCUUUUAUCAGUGGGACACCUGACUAUCUGAAAAGCACACGUAUGUGGUUUUUUUCUGUUAGCCAAAAACCCUGAUUCAGACUUUCAGUUACGUAGCUUUUAUAAUGUUUUCAAAGGCAGAUCUAGUGUUUUUAUGUUGGAAUACUGACUUCUGCAUGUUGAUUAUGAUGGCUGUUGUACACCUUGUCUUUUUCAUGUUUUAUGUUUGGAAAGAAAUUAAAGAAGUAUAUCUUUAGCAAUCCGAACAGCAGUAUCUUUUAAAAACCACAUAUGGGAUCCAAUUCAACUUCGUAAGUCAGAAGGAAGCAUCUUGGAAGUCACUCAGCUUACAGGCCUGAAACUGGGUUUUUAACUUCAGAAAUGAAAUUAUUAUGUUUUCAACAUACAAACUAUUAUGAUGAUAAAAAUCCUUUGUCUGUUGCUAACCCUUAUUGGCAGUAGAAGGUGUAUUGAGUUAUGUAUAUUGAAUUUUUCUUGUGUUUAAGAACCAGUUUGUAUCUAAUUUUGAGGCCUAACCUGCGCUGUUUACAGAACCCAAGCUUCUCAAUUGAUUUUUUUUUUUUUUUUUUAGUUUGGUGCAGUUGUACACAUGCAAAACACAAUAAUAGACCUAUAGUUUUAAAAAUAGCAUUCUUUUAUAGAUCUCUUACUAACUUGUGCCAUAGUUCUAAGGGAGGGCAAGUAUGUUUCUCUUAAAGAACUCAUGCUAAAAGUGGGUUAAGAGGUUUUAAUCUGAAUUUCAUUUUCUUUUAAAAUCAGUACUCAGUGUGUUCUGCUUAUUAAAAAAAAAAAAAACAAAAAUGACUUAAGAUUAUUUUCAUGACUGGCAGAGGAAAGCUGUGUUUAUAAUCUUUCCCAUUAACAUUCAGCCUGAAAAUUAUCUUACAGAAUGAAACUUUUUCAGUCGAUUUACGGUUAUUGAACAUUUCUCUAUUUGCAUCUAUCCAAAAAUGUACUGGUGCAUUUUUCCUCCGUUAAUUUUUCAGUUCUUUUGAAGGACUUGCUGCACUUCAGUCCAUGUUAGAACAGUACUAUUUUUACAACAUCUUGCUGUGUAUGAAGACACUGUUUAGUGCACAACUUGUGCAUGGAGGCCAUAGACCAUUGAUGAGGUACCAAAAUGUAGGUGAGCUGAUGUCGCUGGCUGUGGUCACCACCUUGUGUGUUGGAGCCUUACACUCAGUAGGCACUUCAUUACCUUGGCAAUCAUUUUCAGAAAUGUUCAAGAACAGAUGAGAUGUUUGUUUACAACAUUCCUGCUGUUCGGCAUCCAGAUUUUAAGUAUUUUUACUUUUUUAUAUUUUAUCAGAGGUGUCUUUUAAUCUCUAUUACAGUAUCAGUGAAUAUGUUACUGAAAAUGUAACUAAGAGUCGUAAAAUGUUACAGCUUAUGCAAUAUAAUAAAAUAGUUAGAAGUCAUCAGUGCCAUAACUUUAAUUUUUGUGGUCUUUGAAAUCAUAUGUUGUCCGGGGACAUAGUUGUCUCACUUCACACUUUUUUUCUUUGUUAAAUAAUGUUAAAAAAAAUUCUGUAUUUCUUCCAUGGCCAUAAUUCCAGUAUUUGAGCAAUGUUAUCCUCCUUAAAAGUUUACCAAUUCUAAUUCAGUCAUAUUCUGUUCCAUUUCUAGUGAAGAAAGCCUUUUCUCUUCACAUUGCAUCUGAUUCCUGUUUGUUAAUGCAGCUAAGAGUAUUACCUGUGUAAACUGAUUUUGUUGAAUUGGAAGGGGGUACCCAGAGAACAAGAAUAGUAUUUUAGGUUUUGUUCAUGCUCAUAAUCUUUUUUUCUCCAUUCUUUCAUUUAGAUACUUUCUGUGACUCCAAGAACAAAUAAGAUUUCUGCAUGUCUGAAUGUGCAGACAUGCAGAAGCAUCAAUUCCACCUACAGAUAAUCUCUAAGUAUUCAGGUAGAAGAACAGAAGGAUUGUGUGAUAUGGGAGAGCUUAAACCGAACUUCAGGGUAUAAAGUAUUGAUUUUUAAUUGCAUAUAGUGCAAUAUUUCUCAAGCCUUUAUCUCUUUUUCAGCUUUACAAAAGCUAUUUGUCAACUAUUUCACGUUUGUUCAGAAACACUGCAAGACUACAGGCAAGCAUGCAGCAAAGGUUCUCCUGGCAUGGCGGGCAUUCGCUUGUGUUCGGCAAUCUAAUGCUCUGAGAAGCUACAGUCUUCCAGGAAACUACUGGUUUUCUUAUUCUCACAGAAAAAAAUAUUUUCAAACUUCCUGAAAAGUUGUUUCACUUUAUUUAAACCCAUUGCAAAUCCAUUAGUUGCUUUGAAAUGUACAGUUUCCUUUCUCUCUACAGGAAAUUAAAGGAAUCUCAUGAAUUUUAUUUCCAAUUCAACGAAAUAAAAAUCUAUUUCAGUCAUAUUUCA